AUGGCGCCGUCGUCUGGAGGAGAAGAGAAGACGAAAGGUAGUUCGCUCGAUACGGUACAGCGAAGCGAUAUGCACGAGCAACAAGCUUCGAAUAAUGAAGUGCCUACCGCUUUGCUAGUCUCUGACGAUAGCGAAGAGAUUGAGCAAUUGUCCCCGCGGUCUCGAAGGAGACGGAAGAAUCGCAACCAAAUGCGGCUAGCGCGUCAGAUGGAGAGAGAGACAAUGCAGAGACUACGUGAGACAAUGCACCGUCUAGAAGCUCGAUACCAAGAGACCGUGGCUCGAGGGAUUCUACCACUUCCAUGUGGUGAGUUUUCAUCGCAGGACGUUAAUCCAAAUAUCUCUUCAGAGGUUGCAUCACCUUCUGAGUACGUCAAACUGAUCGAAGAAGGAGCUCGCUUAAAAGACGAGAACUUUCGCUUUCGAAGAGCUCUCCACGAGAAGAGCAAAUUACAAGAGACUUUGGAGAGAUUAUAUGAAGAUUCUCAUCAACCACUAACGCAGGAGGAGAUCAACAUGAGGCGCUGCGUGUUUGAAGAUCAAUGUGUACACAACUCCUGGACACCGCUCACAGAGGAGGAAGUCUGGGCUUACAUCCGUGCCACACACGAUCGGGUUGCCAUUGCGAUACAGUCCGUGUUACAACGUCUAGCACUGAAAAGGCUGGACCCAAACGUCAGACCUCUGCCCCCAUUCUUAGGAUGGCAGGUGCGAUAUCAUCGAGAAGACGACGAAGUAUUAUUCUCAUUUGAGAAGCCGUUCUAUCACGUGACAGCACUACAGGCCAUGCAGCAAACGUGGGACAAUGAAUUGACCAUGCAGAGUUACCGGAGACCGGUCGAUGUAGCCUCGCAGUCCAUGGCUGUAUACCAGAUCAUCAACCACGACACCUACGUGUUCAGACGCCGAAUGCGUUUCUGUGACAAGGUAGUUACCACGCACUACUUGCGAUUCCGGUUGAAGACGAGCUCAGGCUACGCAACAGGACACUGCUCAGUCGACAGAAAGCCGCCACAGGAAGAAAGACAGAUCUGGGCAGCCAAUCUAUCGCUUUGGACAGACUUCAACAUGGUUUGGUCAGCAUCAGGCCAGGAGUACUGUGUCGUGCGUAUCUCGGGCAGAAUGAAGGUAGACGCCACUGAGGUUGCAGCCACGAAGGCUGCUACCGAUAUUAUGUUCGGACUACUUCGCUGGGAAAACUUAAAUAUUGGUCCCGUAUUUACUUUUACGGCCAGUUAAGAUGCGGAUAUUUCUCAGUAAAGAUUAUUUUUUUUUACGUGC